UGUAGUUUCAUUGUUGUUGGCUUGGCUCUGGAUUUUUUCUGUUUGCGGCAACGGCGGCGCGUUUGAAGUACGAUUCCCAAGUGCAGCAAAUUGUUUACAUUGUGUGCACCUAUUUGUACUCACAAAUUGAAGGCAGGGCAGUAAACCAGUGAGAUCAGACUCCUCGAAUAACCAAGAUGUCGGGCACCAUACUGGAGAACCUAAGCGGUCGGAAGCUGUCCAUAUUGGUAGCCAGUUUGCUGCUCUGUCAGGUGCUGUGCUUCUUGCUGGGUGGUCUUUAUGCUCCCUUGCCAGCCGGUCAUGUCACCGUAUUAGGAUCGCUGUGCCGAGAGGAUCACGCACGUCAGAAUGAUACUGGAUUCUUGUUGUACUCCCGCGGAGCAGGUGCCUGUAUUCCCGUGACCAGGGAGGAAGUAGAGCGAGAUUCAAUGAAGAUGGCCAACGAGUUAGUCCAUGUAUUCCAGAUGCCGCUACCACGUGACCUUCGCGAUUUGGACUACUCUCGAUGGCAACAGAAUCUCAUUGGUGUGCUACAGGUGGAGUUUGGAUACGAUUCCACAUCGGAGCUAAGGGAGCCGCCCAGAGAACUCCAGCUGACCAUCGACAUGCGUUUAGCUUACCGGAAUAAAGGAGAUCCGGAUAAUGGUUGGAAGUUGUAUGCCCAUGGCGUGGAGCACCGCUAUCUAGAUUGUGCUUCUUCUCAUGUCGGCCCCACAGAGACACUCUAUUCCUGCGACAUGAUCCCAUUGUUUGAACUUGGGGCUCUCCACCAUAGCUUCUAUCUGCUCAACCUACGAUUCCCGCUCGAUACUCCACGUCAGAUGAAUUUACAGUUCGGCCACAUGCACGAUCUCACACUGACCGCCAUUCAUCAGAACGGAGGAUUCACUCAGAUCUGGCUUUUGCUUAAGACUGUUCUGUUUCCCUUUGUGGUUGGAAUCAUGAUCUGGUUCUGGAGGCGGGUGCAUUUGCUGCAGCGAUCUCCAGCGCUGUUGGAGUACAUGCUCAUCUAUUUGGGAGCCGCUCUGACCUUCCUCAACCUGCCGCUUGAAUACUUAUCACUGGUCUAUGAAAUGCCUUAUAUGCUACUGCUGAGUGACAUCCGCCAAGGCAUAUUUUAUGCUAUGCUGCUGUCCUUUUGGCUGGUCUUUGCCGGAGAACAUAUGCUCAUUCAGGAUGCACCUAAUAAGUCGACUAUCCGUUCGCGCUACUGGAAGCAUCUCUCGGCCGUCGUUGUGGGCUGCAUCUCGCUGUUUGUGUUCGACAUCUGUGAAAGGGGGGUCCAGCUGCGUAACCCAUUCUACUCAAUUUGGACAACUCCACUGGGCGCAAAGGUGGCUAUGACCUUCAUUGUGCUGGCUGGAGUUUCAGCGGCCAUUUACUUCCUGUUUCUGUGUUACAUGAUCUGGAAGGUAUUCAGAAACAUUGGCGACAAGCGCACCUCCCUUCCAUCUAUGUCCCAGGCCCGUCGACUACAUUACGAGGUUUACAUUGAUCAACCAAUAGCACAUUGGACAGAAAUAGCAGUUUUUUACUGGACAACUUUUACUGUGCUUUGUGGUCUUGUUGUGCAGCUUUUUAUUUCUGUAGUUAAUAAACCUAAGGAAGAUAAAGGCCUCAUUUACCGAUUCAAGUUCUUGAUGCUGGCCACCCUUGUAUGUGCUGCACUGACUGUGGCAGGUUUCAUCAUGGGACAAAUGGCCGAGGGUCAAUGGGACUGGAAUGACAACGUAGAGAUUCAACUUACCUCUGCUUUUCUGACCGGCGUGUACGGCAUGUGGAACAUCUACAUAUUCGCCCUGCUCAUCCUCUACGCCCCCAGUCACAAGCAAUGGCCAACAAUGCACAACAGCGAUGAAACCACGCAAUCCAAUGAGAAUAUCGUGGCCUCGGCUGCCAGCGAGGAGAUCGAGUUUAGCCACCUGCCAUCAGACUCCAAUCCCAGCGAGAUCUCCUCCCUCACCUCGUUCACCCGCAAGGUGGCCUUCGAUUAGGCUGGGACAUUUGAAAUAUUAAUAUCGAUUUCUAAUGGGUUGUGUGCCAAACUGAGAUCACGAUUUGGCCUGCAGCCGUAACGCUCCAAGUGUGUGCUCAUUUUAUUACCAUAGUCAGUAGCAUUUUCUUGCCUAGUUUUGCAUUCUGUGCAUUCGACAACGCGAUCAGCAUUAUUACUUAACAUUAACGUAUAGAUUGUCUAGUUUCUCUCAGCAUGCUCAAAGUGUACGAUUUUAUCUACUGUAUUUUUUAUGUAUGCCCCGGCAGUAUUAUCUAUUGAAGUCCAAUUCACUAGCUCGUAAGUUUUAACAUAUUUAUCGAAUAACAUUUUUUAUAUACAUAUUUACAUUAUAAGAUGGUCCUUUUUUAAUUGACAAAAAAAAAGUAAGAGUAUAACGUAAUCUUUACCUUGGCAACUAUAUGUUAAAAAAUAAGGUUGGUCUUUUGGUAUCUUUUGAAACCGAAAGACUUAUGUCAAUCAUAGAUUACGUUAAACUAAUACGAUUUUUUAUUUAUUUACAUUCACCACCCUUUAAAUAUCUAUCAACAGGACUCUGCUUAGAUUUUUAAACUAAAACGUAGAGCAAUUUCAUAUUCAAGUAGCAAUGCAUCGAAUAAAAAGCAAUAUUGAAAA